GAUGUCACACACCUGCGAUCGUGUCAAGGCCAUACGCAUCACCAGCAGCAGACCCUCAGCUUCACCCUCAUCAUCUUCAUCAUCCCUGAAGAGUGCCACGUUUCUGAGGAAGAGGAGCGUCGAGAGCGCGCACCAGCGACCACCGACUACCCCCCCACCCCCCGCCUCAUCUCUCAGCCGCGCGCUCCACUCCACUCGUCGGAGAGGCUGAAGAUGGAGAAAUGGCUGUGGCAAGAAAUGACGCCAAAUCCUUUAUGACACCCGGAGCGGUCUAAAGAAUUCAAGGUUUAGGUUUGGAUACUCGAAGAAAGAUGGACACAUCGUCACCUCCGCUGCCGUUCGGCUCCAAAAAGCGAGUCAAGAUUCACCCGAACGCGGUGACGGUGAAGUACGCCACCCACUUCCCCCAGCCGGGGGACGAGGGCUACGACGAUGCCCCUUCCUUCGAAGACUUUGGCACGUUCACCGAAGCCAACGCGGGGAAGAGACUGGUAUCUGAGAGCAAAAGUGGAAGGACUUUCUUUGGAACCAUGGAGACCCAGGCCAGGCCACUCAGUGCUUCACGGGACAAGGGGGUGGGCGGCCAGCUGGCCAGCUUCGGCGAGGCCAACGUGCUGGCCUCCAGGGUAACCUGGAUGGCCCUCUUUGGGGCGGCAGUCGCUCACGGUUGCGUGGCCUUGAUCACCCGUCUUGCGGCAGAUCGCUCCAAGGUGCCCUCCCUGGAGUUGCUCUUCAUCCGCUCUGUGAUCCAAGUGCUCUCCAUCCUCGUGGUCUUCUACCACCACGAAGCGCCCUUCGGACCAAAAGGAUACCGACUGCGUCUGUUCUUCUACGGCGUGUGCAACGUCAUCUCCAUCACGUGCGCCUACACCUCCUUCGCCAUCGUGCCACCCAGCAACGGCACCAUCAUGUGGCGCGCCUCCACCACCGUCUUCAGCGCCGUGUUGGCAUUCCUGCUGCUGGACGAGCGUCUGGUGUACACGGACGUGGUCACGGUGGUGGGCAGCGUGUUCGGUCUAUGCCUGGUCAUGGUGCCCAACGUGGCGGACGAGGAGAAGUCCAGGCUGAGCUUUUGGAAGGAGGCUUUCGGCUACACGAUGACAGUGACGGCCGGUCUGACCGCCGCCCUCUCCAUGAUCGUCUACAGAGCUAUCAAGGAGCGGGUUAGCAUGUGGACGGCACUCUUCACCUUCGGCUGGACGGGCACGGUGUGGGGCGCGUCCACCAUGUUCAUCAUGCAGGAGCCCAUCAUUCCCCUAGACGGCGAGACUUGGGGCUAUCUGAUCGGGAUCUGCAUCUGCUCCACCGUGGCGUUCCUGGGCGUCUACUACGCCCUCAACAAGUUCCACCCGGCCUUAGUGAGCACCGUGCAGCACCUAGAGAUCGUGGUGGCCAUGUUCCUGCAGCUCAUCGUGCUGAGGAUGAUCCCGUCAGUCUACGACGUGGUGGGUGGCCUGGUCAUAAUGAUCAGCGUUUUCACCCUCACCGGGCUCAAGCUGUACCGGGUGAGCAGGGCCGUCCGGCAGGAUUACCAGGAGAUCCUUGACUCGCCCAUCAAAUGAGAGAUUUGUCUCCAUCCUAGUCUUUGUUGUUUACAGCAGUGGUUCUCAAACUGGGGUUCCCGGAUCCCCAGAAGAACAACAAGCCCUAACUUGGUAUUCUCUAAAGAUAAUUUUCCCCAAAACUAUGGAGGAUAUAUUUUUUAAAAGUGCACGUGAUAAUGAUUCAUCUCACGUCUGUUUUCUUAGUGGGAAUUACAUUUACCAGUCACAUUUUUCAGAAAAUAGCUGAUGUUGGAAAGGUCCAUAAAUAUAGCGACCAAGUUGUGAAGUUGGCCACACCGUCUGUUUAAUUGACAUUUGGAUUCUGAGGGGGUCCUUGGAAACAUUUCUUCCCUGUAAGGGAUCCCAGGACCCGAAAAGUUUGAGAACCCCUGGUUUACAGUGUUUGCUUGGUCGUGCAAGUCAAAGAAUGUCUGUGCCGUCAUUGGAUGAUUUCUCGUCGUGCCAGUCUUUGACAAGAGUGCCAGUCGUGUAACUAAUGUCUUAAUAUUUGUACGUAAAAAUGAAAACAAAUGUGGUACGGUGAUCUUUCUCUCCCCCAUCUGAGGGUUUCAUGUCAAAUUGUCGCCAUAAAAGAAAAAAAAAAAUAGGUACAGUAAUCAAUUUUGUGGGUGACCUUGCAUAAAAGGAGACAUUUUUCCCCCCACAAUUUCAAGCAGUUCCCAGGUCUUAACACACUCUGACAUGCAGUGCUUUCAUACAAAUAAAUCAAGAGUUAAAAAUUAUAGUCCACUUUUCACCCUAUUUCUUGUCUGGAUCUCACCAGCGAGUCUGUACAGCUGUCACUUCUAGAGUCACUCGGCAAGCUGGCUGUCCUCAUCUCGCCAACAAGUGUAUGCAUUACAGCGGUUCAGAUCUCGCCAGAAAUUAGGUAGAUCUCCUGCCUGUCUUGCAGUGUGUCCACAACUCAUCUAACGUAAGUCAAAUUGUGAACAUAAAUAUCAUCUUCAUGCUUCAUAACAUAACUGGUUAUUGAUUUUUACGGUGAAACCUCGAAAGUUAAACACAAGCUUGUUUUUACAAGUUGAAGUUAACCUCUGUUUAUUAAAAUGAAGUAAAACGACCCUUUGAACACACCUAGUAGUCAGACAAUGCAAGCUAAUAUGCAGUAAAAAUAUGUGUGGUUUGUUGGCGGGCUUCUCUGAAAUAUUAACCAUAAUUUUUCUUAGUAUAUGUCACACGCGACGAUGGAUUUAAUUGACCUUUGAGGUAUAUUUUCACCCAUAAAUUGUGGUUGAAAUCUUAACUGGGCUACUUUCUGGUUGGUUUGACUUUGGAGGUUUCACUGUACAGUAUUUGCAGUUAGUUUCUGGUUCACCAGGUGCAAAUGCAAAGAGCUCUGCAAUCUGUACUCGACGUCAUAUUUCUGUUUACUUUCAAACCCGUUGAGAAUUUGUUCCCCGAGGAUUUUUAUAUUAAAUUAGCCUUCCCUCUGACUAUAACGCGCGGCCAUCUGCUAUUCCCGGGGGCGUGUGACUCGUGAUGCUUGCUGCGUCAGCCGGUUUGUGCCAUUUCCCAGGGGCAACGUGAUCGAGGGAAAUAAAUGCAGAGGGUCCUCGGUUUACAACGGCCCUGAAAUUCGACGUUUUGACGUUACUAACUAAUAUGUGCAACGGCGUGAGAAUAUGUGGUCACGCGGCAAAGGGAGGAAUGCUCAGUUACCGUCAUAUUUCGUUUUUCAUGACGCUUAGCCGUUCAGUUUAUGAAAUCAGAGUGGUAGAAGAUGCAGCAAAAAGUCAAAGAAAAAGCAAAAUGAGUGUGCUGAACGUACUGUCAGUAGGUGCGCUGCAAAAAAAAAAACUGCAUUCCAUUCAUUUAUUUAAGUGAGAUUAGAUGUCGUAUGACGUCAAAAAGACCAAAGAAAAAAACAAAGGCUUAAAAAUUUGUUGCAUUGCCGCCGUAGGAACGAGACAACGUCGUAAGUCCAGAACCCCUUGCAAGCGCAUCAUGGUGGUAAGUGUGUACAUUGCACUUACCGAUUUGUCCAUUUGAGGACGCUGACGACCCACUUUUUCAUAAUCAACCAGAUAUGAUAGUUUAUUGUAACUAUUUAUCAUGAAGGCAAUUAGUGAUGUAGUACUUUAUUUGGUCAUAACUAUGUCACUGGAUCUAUUUAUGUCAUGUUUUGUUUUUUUUUUUUACAAGUACUGCAGCAGUUAUAGUACAAAUGUUGAAUGUUUAGCAUUUUUAUACAAUCACACACACAACACAGAGUCUUUACUGUUUUGUUAAGAAAAUAAUUCUGUUAUUAAAUAGUCGCAGUCACGAUAGAUGUCAUCGGUAACGGUUUCUCUUAAGAUACAACUUCCAUUUUGAUUUGAAAUAAGCAUUCUGUCGCGUUGCAUGUUUGCUACUUCAGUCAAUGUCAAUUAGCCCAAAUCUAAAAGGGGAAU